CGGCCGUGACGUCAGGGCUGGGCCGCACCCGGCGCGGCGGCGGGGCGCCCCAAGAUGGCGGACCAGAUCCCGCUGCAGCCGGUACCGCGCCGCGACCCGCGACGGGCGGCCUAUUACAGCAGCGCCUCGGCCGCGCGGAGGCACAGCAGGUACCAAGUGGAAGAUGAGUCCUCUCAUUUGGAUGAAAUGCCACUAAUGAUGUCAGAAGAAGGCUUUGAAAAUGAUGAGAGUGAUUACCACACUCUACCAAGAGCCAGAAUUUCUCAAAGAAAGAGAGGCUUAGAAUGGUUUAUCUGUGGUGGCUGGAAGUUCCUUUGCACUAGUUGUUCUGAUUGGCUUAUAAACAUUUGCCGAAGAAAGAAAGAGCUGAAGGCUCGCACAGUGUGGCUUGGGUGUCCUGAAAAGUGUGAAGAAAAAUACCCCAAAAAUGCCAUUAAAAAUCAAAAAUACAACGUCUUUACCUUUAUACCUGGGGUUUUAUAUGAACAGUUCAAGUUUUUCUUGAAUCUCUAUUUUCUCGUCGUGUCCUGCUCACAGUUUGUACCAGCAUUGAAAAUAGGCUACCUGUAUACGUACUGGGCUCCUCUGGGAUUUGUUUUGACAGUCACAGUGGUACGGGAAGCUGUUGAUGAGUAUCGUCGUUACAAGAGAGACAAGGAAAUGAACUCACAGUUGUAUAGCAAGCUGACAGUACGAGGUAAAGUGCAAGUUAAGAGUUCAGACAUACAAGUUGGAGACCUCAUCAUAGUGGAAAAGAAUCAACGAAUCCCAUCUGACAUGGUGUUUCUCAGAACAUCGGAAAAAACUGGUUCAUGUUUCAUUCGAACUGACCAGCUUGAUGGAGAAACAGACUGGAAACUGAAGGUUGCUGUCAGUUGCACACAAAGAUUGCCAGCUUUGGGGGAUCUCUUUUCAAUCAAUGCUUAUGUUUACGCUCAGAAGCCACAGCUGGAUAUUCACAGUUUUGAGGGUACCUUCACACGGGAAGACAGUGAUCCAGCAGUUCACGAAAGCCUUAGUAUAGAAAAUACGUUAUGGGCGAGCACUGUUGUUGCUUCAGGAACUGUAAUUGGUGUUGUCAUCUACACGGGGAAGGAAACUCGAAGUGUAAUGAACACAUCCAAUCCAAAAAACAAGGUUGGCUUGCUGGACCUGGAGUUGAAUCAAUUGACCAAGGCCCUGUUUUUGGCUUUAGUUGCACUAUCAAUUGUUAUGGUAACCUUGCAAGGAUUUGUAGGCCCGUGGUAUCGCAACCUUUUCCGAUUCCUCCUCCUGUUUUCCUAUAUCAUCCCGAUCAGUUUACGUGUGAACUUGGACAUGGGUAAGGCAGCCUAUGGGUGGAUGAUUAUGAAAGAUGACAAUAUUCCUGGAACAGUUGUUCGAACUAGCACCAUACCAGAAGAGUUGGGACGAUUAGUUUAUUUACUAACGGAUAAAACAGGAACGCUUACACAGAAUGAGAUGAUAUUUAAGCGUCUCCACCUAGGUACUGUGUCCUAUGGAACAGACACGAUGGAUGAAAUUCAGAGUCAUAUUAUAAACUCGUAUUCACAGGUGCAUUCUCAGAAUAGUGGAAGCAAUGUAAGUUCAACACCAUCUAGGAAACCUCAGUCUUCUGCACCCAAAGUCCGCAAGAGCGUCAGCAGCCGAAUACAUGAAGCAGUGAAGGCUAUUGCACUGUGCCACAAUGUGACCCCAGUUUAUGAAUCACGUGCUGGUGUGUCUGGAGAAACAGAAUAUGCAGAGGUGGAUCAGGACUUCAGUGAUGAAAAUCGAGCUUACCAGGCUUCCAGCCCUGAUGAGUCUUCUUUUCUCCAGGCUGAACAAACCCAGGUCUCUCAGCCUUUCCUCAUAGCGAAGAUGCUCCAGGCCCACUAUCAUCUUUGUGGCCCUCCGCUGGACACUUUCCAGGAGAUCCCUGUCUUGUUUGUACUGGGGAGCCCAGAAAUGGACACAGUACUCCAGGUAGCUCUGGUGCAGUGGACGGAGAGUGUUGGUCUUACACUAGUUAACAGGGAUUUAACCUCAAUGCAAUUGAAGACCCCUGGUGGACACAUUCUGACAUACUAUAUUCUGCAGAUUUUCCCCUUCACUUCUGAGAGCAAGCGCAUGGGAAUCAUAGUUAGGGAUGAAUCUUCAGGAGAUAUUACAUUUUAUAUGAAGGGUGCAGAUGUUGCAAUGUCCACUAUUGUACAGUACAAUGAUUGGUUAGAAGAAGAGUGUGGUAAUAUGGCUCGAGAAGGACUGCGUACUCUGGUUGUUGCCAAAAAAUCACUGACUGAGGAACAGUAUCAAGAUUUUGAGAGUCGAUAUAACCAAGCGAAGUUAAGCAUACAUGAUAGAAACUUGAAAGUUGCUGCUGUUGUAGAAAGUUUGGAGCGAGAAAUGGAAUUGCUGUGUCUCACUGGAGUAGAAGAUCAAUUGCAAGCAGAUGUUAGACCAACUCUAGAGAUGCUAAGAAAUGCUGGAAUAAAGAUAUGGAUGUUAACAGGAGAUAAACUGGAGACAGCAACUUGCAUCGCAAAAAGUUCUCACUUAGUGUCUAGGACUCAGGAUAUUCACAUUUUCAGACCUGUUACUACUCGAGGAGAGGCUCACUUAGAACUAAAUGCCUUUAGAAGGAAGCAUGACUGUGCCUUGGUGAUAUCUGGGGACUCACUUGAGGUUUGUCUGAAAUACUAUGAGCAUGAAUUUGUAGAGUUGGCUUGCCAGUGUCCUGCCGUAGUGUGCUGUCGAUGUUCUCCCACUCAAAAAGCCCAUAUUGUGAAACUGUUACAGCAUCACACUGGAAAACGCACCUGUGCAAUAGGUGAUGGAGGAAAUGAUGUCAGCAUGAUCCAAGCAGCCGACUGUGGAAUUGGAAUUGAAGGCAAGGAGGGAAAACAAGCUUCCCUAGCAGCUGACUUUUCUAUCACACAGUUUAAACACAUAGGAAGGCUGCUGAUGGUACAUGGCCGAAACAGUUACAAAAGAUCAGCAGCACUUGGUCAAUUUGUCAUGCACCGAGGCCUUAUUAUUUCAACUAUGCAGGCUGUAUUUUCAUCAGUCUUCUAUUUUGCAUCUGUUCCCUUGUACCAAGGAUUCCUAAUGGUAGGGUAUGCAACCAUAUAUACCAUGUUUCCAGUCUUCUCUUUAGUAUUGGAUCAGGAUGUGAAGCCAGAAAUGGCAUUGCUGUAUCCAGAACUUUAUAAGGAUCUCACAAAGGGGAGAUCUUUGUCAUUUAAGACCUUCCUCAUCUGGGUUUUAAUCAGUAUUUACCAAGGUGGUAUUCUGAUGUAUGGAGCCCUGCUGCUUUUUGAAUCUGAAUUUGUACACGUCGUUGCCAUUUCCUUCACUGCCCUAAUCUUGACAGAGCUCUUGAUGGUUGCACUGACCAUACGAACAUGGCACUGGUUAAUGGUGGUGGCUGAAUUCCUCAGUCUUGGCUGCUAUGUGGCCUCUCUUGCAUUUCUAAAUGAAUACUUUGGUAUAGGCAGAGUGUCUUUUGGAGCUUUCUUAGAUGUUGCCUUUAUCACAACUGUGACCUUCCUGUGGAAAGUGUCAGCAAUCACUGUUGUAAGCUGUCUUCCACUUUACAUUCUCAAGUACUUGAAGCGCAAAUUUUCUCCUCCAAGUUACUCCAAGCUUACCUCGUAAAAGUAAUUAUAUUCCUAUGGUUUUUCACUCACACCAGUCUGCAAAUCGCACAUUCACUGUGCUUUAGUGUCUAUGGAUUUAUGUUGGACUAAAGAAGUUAAAAAUCAAAAGUGAUCAAGUGAAUAGAGCACAAAAAGAAAGGGAAACAUCUGACAGGUACAUAACACAGAAGUACACUAACAAGACUAUCAGAAAUAAACUAAAUUUUCCUUAUGUUCUUUUAUUUCAGUUUCAGUUGCUCAUUGUAAAAUAAAACUGAAUUACAUUUGAUUUGACAAUGCUUCUGAAUGAUUUCAUUGCUACUGUAAAGGAUUUUUUCCUGCUGUAUUAAUCUUCUGCAAGUUGAAUUGAAAGCUUCAAUGAUUACAUAACUUCCUAGUUCAAGUCUUUUCCUUUAAUGUUUAUGUAUGGAAAAGUUCGUUCAUUCAUACUUACUACAACGAACCUAAUACCUGUAAAUGUCAUCUUUAUUAGCAGCUGAAUUUUAUUUGUCAUCAAGCAUUGAUUAAUAUGCACUAUUUGAAUUAUGUACAGGUGUCUGCAUAGCACAGUAUUAUUUUAGGAGCUGUUGUCCUUUUCUGUACUCUUGAGUUCUGGCACCAGUAAGCAUUACAGAUCAGUGAUGUUGACAGCAGUUCUUUAAAUGCACAUUAAAGCCAGGUUGCACAAAAGCAGUUUAAAAAAUUAAAUGAUACAUUCUGUACAUAAUUCCACAGUACCUGUUGAUCUGUACAGAUGUCAAAGACAUAGCUGCUCAGUAAAUAUGUUUUAAAAUUCUUAUUCAUUUUGUAUUUGUAAAACUGCAAAUAGUGUUAAAGUACAUUUCUAUAUAUGAGAAGUCCAGUAAACCUUGUAUUAGCUAAUAUAUUUAAAUUGCCUUGUAAUCUGUUUACUUAGGUUACUCAGGUAAAAUGAAAUAAGAUGAACACAUGAGCAUUGUGAUAGGAAAAUCUGUCAUCUUCCAAGUUGUAAAUGUUAUGUUUUUAUAACUCAGUUUGGGUGCAAACAUGUUAGAAAAAAAAAAAAAAAAAGGUUUCGCAUGUUGUAAAUUGUCAGAGUUGUGUAUCUUUGCUGAGUUAUGACAUUUUACAGCAGUUGAAGAUUUGUUCCAGAAACUUAUGUGCUCUAAUCUGAUACAGUCCAAAGGGUCCAAAUCUUGUGUGCUGUGCUGGAAAGUAGGUUAUAUUAUUUUAGUUUCCCAUUGUGAUAUAAUCUUGCUUUCUCAAGAAGUACAUAUAACAAAUUCAGCAUAGUCUAUUAAUUAGUGGAGAAGAUCAGUAUGAUUACCCAUGCUUUAUUAAAUAUUUGUGUUUAACAAAAAAAAAACAACCACUUAAUGUGGAUGUUAUUUUUAUGUUGGACUUUAUGCCUUUACAACAUUAAUCCUUGUUUAGUAUCUUAUAACUUCUCCCUUAUGCAAUUAUAAUAUUCAAUGAGUGAUAUUUAAGUGAUAAAUCUACUUCCUGGGAGAGCAGAGGAAAUUGCUGCAGAGCUAUUUGGACUAUAAUCCACUCCAUUGAUUUUGUUUUGAAAGUUUUUCUUACUAGUUAUUUAUCUGCCUUUUUUUUUUUCAUUCCUCAUUAUAAAAGCAAUAAAGCGUAAUUUCU